AUGGCCGAUGCAUCUAGUGUAGCAGAAAUUAAAAAGAAAUUCGAUGGAAAGCGUGUAAUGGUAAUAGGUUCACCGAAAAUGCCAAUUGUUCGUAAGGAACCAUCAGUGGAUUCGUCGGAUUCUGAAAGAUUGACACAGUCGAGAUCAAACGAUUUACGUCGAACGUCUGAAGACAUAAAUGCACCAGCAUUCGAACCAACUAAUAAUGAAGCAACAUUCGCCCGAGUUCUGCCCCAAGGACCAAAUACUCUCAGGCAUGCAAACAAACAAGAUAUUCCACUGCCAGCUUCGGCUAACCGAAAUCGAAAUGAAGAUGAACAUUGUCAAUCAUCAGCUGACUCAGUUCAUGCAAUUACUUCUCAAAAUGCAAACCAUAGCACUGGCUUUAAAAAAGCGCCUGUUCCUUUGCCGCCCAGAGCUAAUCGUAAUUGUACCGGAAAUACACAGGAUUCUAUUACAGAUCCACUUAUGUCCGAUAACGCACAACCUUCGACUAUUCUAAAGAAGCCAAUCGUUCCUUUACCUGCCUCUAGUCAUCAAGGGAUCAAUGACGAAAUGUCAAGUUCAACAAUGCCUUCUGUAGCAAAAAAACCUCCUGUUCCUCUGCCAGGUCUUGCCGACCAAAUUCAAACAAACAAUAUUCAUUGUCAAUCAUUAAGUGUCACUCUAGAUUCUUUAUUACCGUCGAGAUGUAUGUUCUACGAAUUGGACAAUACAAUUGACGAUUAUCAACGAACAGAUGCUCGAACAAUAGUUUUUUCAAAGCAAAAACCACCUAUGCCGAAAAUGACGAAAGAUGAAGUUCAUAGUCUUCAACGAUAUUUAAAUACAUAA